GUGCAUCAUUUGCAAAGCAUUACUCACAUGCAUAGCACAUGAUAGAUAUUAGAUUUCCUCUAAAAUUCUGAUUUGGGUUUUGCUUUUCGUAUCCAAGUCUUCAACCUAAACGACAUAGCUUUUGUCUCUUGGGUAUAUUGCCGUAUUGCUCAUCCUUUGUCCAAAAGCUUGUUUUACUUGUUGUUUUGAUCGGCUAGCUAUGGCGGACGGGAGGAAACAGUCCCCGGAAACCGAGUCGAUUUCGGUUGAAACUCCGCCGGAGAGAAGGGAAACCAAAGCUAACCUUCCUAACUUUCUCUUAUCUGUUAGACUCAAAUACGUGAAGCUUGGGUACCACGUCUUAAUCUCCAACGCCAUGUACCUCUUGCUCGUGCCGCUUCUCGGCAUGGCUUCAGCUCAUCUUUCAACAUUCACCGUCACAGAUUUCGUCCAGCUAUGGCAAACGCUACAGUUUGAUCUCGUUUCGGUGACUCUAUGCUUGAGCCUGAUGGUUUUCCUGGCCACCCUUUACUUCACGAGCCGCCCGAGAAAAGUUUACUUGGUGAACUUCGCGUGUUACAAACCGGAGAAGGAGCGAAUGUGCACUCGGGAGAUUUUCAUGGAAAGAUCGGGCCUGACGGGGAGUUUCUCCGACGAAAACUUGGCCUUUCAAAAGAAGAUUGUAGAGAGGUCGGGGUUGGGGCAGAAGACGUACUUGCCGGAGGCCGUCUUGCGAGUCCCUCCGAACCCGUGCAUGGCGGAGGCAAGGAAGGAGGCUGAGACUGUGAUGUUCGGCGCCAUCGAUGAGCUGUUGGGAAAGACUGGAGUGAAGGCUAAGGAUAUAGGGAUUCUUGUGGUGAACUGUAGCUUGUUCAAUCCAACCCCGUCCCUCUCCGCCAUGAUUGUGAAUCAUUACAACCUCAGAGGAAACAUUUUAAGCUAUAAUCUUGGUGGUAUGGGUUGCAGUGCUGGCCUCAUUUCCAUAGACCUUGCUAAGCAGCUAUUACAGGUGCACCCAAACUCAUAUGCCCUAGUGGUGAGCAUGGAGAACAUCACUCUCAACUGGUACUUCGGCAACGACCGCUCAAUGCUUGUCUCAAACUGUCUCUUCCGCAUGGGUGGGGCGGCCAUCCUCCUAUCGAACCGAUCCUCUGACCGCCGCCGCUCAAAGUAUCAGCUCAUCCACACCGUGCGCACCCACAAGGGUGCCGAUGACAAGUGCUACAACUGUGUGUUACAAAGAGAGGACGACAACAAAAAAAUCGGGGUCGCGCUGUCGAAGGACCUAAUGGCAGUCGCCGGAGAAGCCCUCAAAACAAACAUUACCACGCUCGGGCCAAUAGUGCUUCCCAUGUCUGAACAACUACUAUUUUUCGCAACUUUGGUGGGAAGAAAAAUCCUCAAGAUGAAGAUAAAACCCUAUAUUCCAGAUUUUAAGCUGGCUUUCGAACACUUUUGCAUUCACGCAGGAGGGAGAGCAGUGCUGGAUGAGCUAGAGAAGAACCUUGAGCUCACUGAUUGGCAUAUGGAGCCCUCUAGAAUGACUCUUAAUAGGUUUGGAAACACUUCUAGCAGCUCUUUGUGGUAUGAAUUGGCUUACACUGAGGCCAAAGGGAGGAUCAGGAAGGGUGAUCGGACGUGGCAGAUUGCUUUCGGUUCUGGAUUCAAGUGUAACAGUGCUGUAUGGCGUGCACUCAAGACCAUCGAUCCAGCUAAGGAGAAGAAUCCUUGGAUGGAUGAAAUUCACGAGUUUCCAGUUCAUGUGCCAAAAAUCGUAUCCAUCAAUGUUAAUUCUUGAAAUUUCUUGCUAGCGCCAGUCCGGUCCCUAAGUUUUUCAUGUUGGCUGAAUUAUUAUUAUUGUUUUUUUUUUUUUUUCUGGUAAGACUGUCUUGGUUAAGAGUAUGUGAUUUAUACCCAAAAUCUGUUGCAUAAAUAUUGAAUGGCUCUUAUAGUUUUCAUGUCUUAAUGAAAUCCUUCUAUUUUUAAUACCUA